AUGGAAACCAAGGAUUCACUAGAUAUAAAAUCUACAAAGAAAUUUCCAUUAACAUUGAGGUUGGUAGUUUUAGCUAUUGCGGUGGUUUGUGGAAUAUACAUUUGCUCAAUUUGUUUUGAGCUAAAAGGUGUAAGGACAUAUUCAAAGUUCUUAGGUGUUAGUGUCUUCACGCAACCAUGCCCUCAUCCUUCCAAUGUCCAAGAAUGGGAAAUUCCCUACUUACAUUAUCCAGAACCCAAAACCUAUAGUAGAGAGGAGUGUAGUUGCAAUCCUGUACGAUAUUUUUGCAUUGUGUCAAUGCAAAGAUCUGGGAGUGGUUGGUUUGAAACAUUUUUGAAUAGUCAUAUUAACGUAAGCUCAAAUGGAGAAAUAUUUUCAGUUGAGAAAAGAAGGGAAAAUGUUUCUUUAAUUUUGAAGACUAUAAAUGAAGUGUAUAAUCUUGAUUGGUUCACUAGUGCUUCCAAGAAUGAGUGCUCUGCUGCUAUUGGCUACAAGUGGAUGCUUAAUCAGGGUUUGAUGGAUCAUCAUAAAGAAAUAGUUGAAUAUUUGGAGCAAAAACAAGUUUCUACAAUAUUCUUGUUCAGAAGAAAUUUACUCCGUAGAAUGGUAUCUGUACUAGCCAACUCCUAUGACAAAGAUGUCAAGCUAUUGAAUGGAACACACAAGUCUCAUGUGCACUCUACAAUGGAGGCUACAAUUCUUGCAAAGUAUAAGCCAAAAAUCAAUGUCACGUUAUUGAUACCAGAACUAAAGAAAACAAAUGAGACAAUUGCAAAAGCCAUAUCAUAUUUUAAAAGCAUUCGACACAUUGUUCUUUACUACGAGGAUCUUGUUAACAACCGCACGAAAUUGAAGGAUGUUCAAGAAUUUUUGAAGGUGCCAUAUAGAGAACUAGAGAGUCGACAAGUCAAGAUACAUACUGCUCCAUUGUCAAUGCAAAUUGAAAAUUGGGACGAAGUUCAGAAAACAUUGACUGGGACGUCGUAUGAGAGUUUUCUCUACAAAGAUUAAUCAAGAUCAAAUGUAGCAGACUUUGUCAUAAGAUCAUUAGAGCAACAUCAAUAGACUAAUACUCUCAUUAAUCCUUAAAUAUUGCGUUUUGAAACAACUCCUUUGUACAUAUGAAAAUUUAUUUUAUGUUUAGGUAUUUUUUCGAACGGUGAUUGUAGAUAUUUUGGUCAAUAUUUUGAUUUGU